CUCAACGAUUUGUGUCACAUCACUACAGUCUUUCCGUGCUCAAUGGGUGUCUAUCGGCUGCUAGGUUAGUUGAUAAUUUGCAUUUUGAUAUCUGGGUGAUGAAGCAAUACCAUGUUAAGGAAUCUUGGGUAAAACAAUUCUCCUUUGAUCCCUAUUUUGCUGGUGGAUGGCCAAGCUUUUUCACAGUUACAUGUGCACUGAAAAAUGGUGAGAUUCUGUUGCAGAAUGAUGACAGUUCUCUGGUUUCUUAUGAUCCUGUGGAAAACAGAUUCAAGAUUCUUCAAAUGAGGUGGAUCUUCUUCCAUAAGAAGUUACCAUCGAUAUUCCAUCGAGAUUUUUUUUUUUUUUGAUAAACGAUAUUCCAUCGAGAUUAACAAUGGAUGCCGAAGAGGAAAGAGAAAAGAAAAGAGUCGACCUUUCAGAUGAUCCUUCCAACAAAGCGAUGGUCCAGAGAGCUUUUCAUCUUCUCCCAGAGGAGAUUCUGCUCGAAAUCCUAUCAAGACUCCCGAUCAUCUCUCUGAUGCGGUUCAAGACCACUUCUCAUGCCGGCUAUGAUUUAAUUGCCAAUCCAGGACUCCCUGCGAUUUUCCACAACCGGGUAAGCGACUCAAACCCAUGUCUGAUUCUGUUCGACUACAAUUUCCAUGUCCCCCGGGGAUCCUAUUUUGUUGAUAUCGAAGAUUGUAGUAGAAGGGUUAGGAAAAUCGAUCCACUACAGCUUUCAAAAGUUUAUGAUCUGGUGGGUUCUUGUAACGGGCUGUUAUGCAUAUCCUUAAGCGAUGGUUCAUCGGAGUCUUACAGUCUGCUAAUUUACAAUCCUUUUGUUGGAGACGCUGUGAGAGUCCCAGCAGCGAACCCUUUUCCAAAUCAAAGGGAAGUUUUUGGAUUUGGGUUUCAUCCGAGGACAGGAGAAUUUAAAGUGGUUAGGAUUGUGUGGUUCAAGCUAGAUGUGGAAGAUGUGGAAGAAGUGAAAAAAUUAACGGUUCAGGUGUUUACUGUAGGAACAACAGAGUGGAGAACGAAAGGAGAUAGGACUCCACAGUUGGCAGGUGUAGCCGGACCACCUGACGCAGGUGUAGCCGGACCACCUGACGCUAUAGUUGAAGGAUCUCUCCAUUGGGUGACUUUUGUUGUAGGAGGGAACGGUCCAAUCUUUGGUAUUAUCUCCUUCGAGCUUGCAGAUGAGGUGUUCGUAGAAAUUCUGCACCCACCUUGUCAACGAUUUGUGUCACGUCCGUACAGUCUUUCGGUGCUCAAUGGGUGUCUAUCGGCAGCUCGGUUAGUUGAUACUUUGCAUUUUGAUAUCUGGGUGAUGAAGCAAUACCGUUUUAAGGAACACUGGGUAAAACAAUUCUCCUUUGAUCCCUGUUCUCCUGGUAAAUGGCCAGGCUACUUAAGAAUAUUUCCCGAAUUUAUAUGUGCACUGAAGAAUGGUGAGAUUCUGUUGCGUUAUGAUGACAAUUCUCUGGUUUCUUAUGAUCCUGUGGAAAAAAGAUUCAAGAAUCUUCAAAUGAGUGGGUUACCUAAGGAUUUCGUGGCACUUCCUUUUCAACCUUCUCUUUUCUCAGCAAGGGCAACCAUGAAUUUGCAACUUUAACUCUCUCUUGUGAAUCAACCCUUUUUCUGUAAGACUCUACUACUAGUUUUUAGUUUGUGUUGAGUCUUUGAUCAUCAAUCCAUCGGUAACAGUUGUGUUAUUAUUUACAUCAUCAUGGGUGACCUCUGUUGUAUGGCAAUGAGAUCCAUCUCACCAUUAUCUGCCUUUUUCUCGAAAAGCAGUUCUGAAGAACCGGGAGAUUGUGUUGGAGUGUAACAAUAAAGCUCUGGUUUCUUAUGAUCCUAAAACUAACAGGUUCAAGGCUCUAAACUCUAAAGAUCAACCGGCUCCUGUAGCAGUUCCAAGCUUUUGCGUUCCAGCAUAACCUGUUCAGUAAGGAAACCUCUGAAAUAAUCUUUACUACUCUUCUUUAGUAUACGGAUAUAUAAUUUCCUCUGCUUUACUCAGGCUUCCAUUGUUUAUAUAUUGAUUAAUUAAUCGUGUUUUGUAGUUACUUGAAGUUGUGACUCAGUCACACAAAGCAGAAUGCUGACAGGUUUCAUCCUGAAAUAUUGUUCCUAAGAAAUUGACGAUUUGAUGAUGUGAUUUGUCAAAUACAGUAGGGAGGGUUCUUCACCUUCAAAUUUACAUUUAUUUGUACCAAGUGCCAACAUGUUUCAUUCACACCUAGAGCAUGCACAAUGAAAGGAUUAAAGAUAACCGGAAAAUAACUACACCACAGAGAGUCAUCCCAAGGGCCAGAGGAGAUAGAGAAGGAGGUAAGAGAGAGGAGGUCAAGAAAGUGCAAAAUCUGGCAAGAUUCCAGUGAGAUGGCCAGAAAACCUGAGCUAUCAUUUGGCCAGGAAAAACCUAUAAUUUUAUAUUUCAUUUAUUUCUGUGGCAGCUGAUUUUUUCUUUGCAUUGCUUUAAUGACAGCAUUCUUCUUACCUGGCUAAGCAUUGCAUUU